UCAUUUUUUUUUUGUUGCUUUCGUUAUUUGGGGAUCUAGGGUUUGCUGCUCAUGGCGAUGCGCGGAGGGAGGGCGAUAGGUUUGGCCUCUCGGCUCGUGGGGGCCAGGGGUUUCAGCACCGAGAUAUUUGUGAGCAGGCUAUCAUUUUACACAACUGAGGAAGAACUUAAAAACAUCUUCUCGCCAUUUGGCGCCAUUGAGGAAGCUCGGUUAGUGAGAGACAAUCAAACUGGAAGGCCAAAAGGAUUUGGUUUUGUGAAAUAUAAAUCAGAAAUGGAGGCACAAAAAGCUGUCAAGGCAAUGGAUGGAAGGAUUAUACGUGGCAGACUAAUUUUCGCGGAGAUCGCAAAGGAGCACCGUACUGGAUAGAUCAGAUUAUGUCUGCACAAUAGAUUAUACGUGGCAGACUAAUUUUUGCGGAGAUUGCAAAAGAGCACAGUACUGGAUAGGUCAAGCUUAUAUCUGCAAAAUUGCUGAAGUAAAUCGUAUUUCUUGGGCUUAAGACUGAACAAUGGCCCUAUUCUUAUCUUGUUACGGGAGUUUUCAGUCUUAUGUGUUUCGCUAGAAUGUUGAUGACCAAUUUCAUUACUACCGAGGGAAGGUGUGUAUCUGAAUUUGACUGUUUUGUACUUGAAUUUCGCAAGGGGGUUAUGUGAACUAGUUAUGAUUCAAUAUUGUUUUGACAAUAA